AUGAAGACAGUCGUUUUGUACGGCAUUCUGCUUGUCGCUGGGUUUUCUACUGAAAGCAUUUUUGGAGUGGAAUCUGGUCAAUGCUUGGCUGGAAGACUCGUGGAAUCGUGCACAACUGCAGUGCGAUAUUUGCAGGAAGAAAUGAAGAAAAUGCAGAAAUCAUUCAAUGAGAAAAUCGAAGAACUAUUAGAGAAAGGGCGUAAGAGAGACAGAGAGUUAGAGAAAUUGCAAUGGACUGUCAGCGAUCAUGAAAAAAGACUCAAUAGCACCGAAUUAAAACUUAUGGAGUCACAGUCUGAGCUGGUCGAGCAUAAUUCAACUUUAAAUACAUUGUCACUGCAAAUAGAGGGCUUACAAUCAGGUGUAGUGACAAUAAGACAAAAUGUCAACCAGCAAGAUGUCAGCAUACAGGAAUUAACGGUAGCUGUCGAUAGCGUAAAUGGCACAGUACAGCUACAAGCACAAGAGCAGCAGACCCUGCAGUCAGAUCUUACAACAAUACAUCAAGUUGACUCCGAGCAAAACAUCAAUAUACAGGAGCUAACGGUUUCUGUUGAUAGCGUGAACGAUACAUUACAGAAACAAGCUCAAGAUCUGCAAACAACUGAAGAGAAUUUGUCAUCAUCUAUUGAUCAGCUACAAACGAAUUUUGUAGAUCUCAACGGCACUGUUACUGACUUGAGUGCUGCUAGUCCUUUGGGUCACGUGUUUGGUGAUGGCACUACUAAUGUAGCGAACGCUGGAGUUGUAAGUCGGUGGAACACUAACCUCAUGUCCGACUAUCCUCCCAUCCUCUAUGGAGGAAUGUCAUUUGACGGAACAGAAUUCACCGUUCCAGACGACGGAAUAUACUACAUAUACGGCAUGAUCAUGAUUGAACACGAUGGAGUGGAGACAUGUGGCUUUACGCUUGAUGUAGGUGCUGAUCGCUACUUGAUUGCACACGAUCAAAGUAUCAAUGGUGCUCAACAAAGUCUAUUUGGCAGUCAAGUUCGAAAACUAAUAACAGGAAACAGAGUGUCGAUGACAACAAGAAAUUGUAUAUACAAUUUUGGACUUGAUCGAGCUUUCUUUGGAAUUUACAAGCUCCAACGUGGAUUUUGAAAAUAUUUGUGUCAAGCCAGAUUUUAGUAAUGAUCGGUGUUGAGUUUCGCUUUAGCUGGAGCUGAUUUUGAAUGAUUUAGACAUCUUAUAAUUGAUGUGAUGAAUUUAGCGAUCUCUGUCGUACAUCUGCUGUUUUAAUUGUUUCAUUUUAUCAAAAUCAAAUUUUAGAUGUUUGCCUUAUAAUAAUGUAACUUGGUGAAAAAGCCAUGCAGUGUCACGUCUACACAAAACACUAAUACAUCAUGGAAUAU